AUGGGAGAUUUACCAUCAGCUGAAGCUAAACCAAUGGAAAAUGUUUUAUUUGUAUGUAAAUUAAAUCCAUUAACCAAAAGUGAUGAUUUAAAUAUUAUUUUUUCAAGAUUUGGUAAAAUUUUAUCAUGUGAAGUUAUUACAGAUAAACAAACUGGUGAUUCUUUACAAUAUGCGUUUAUUGAAUAUGAAUCAAAAAAAUCUUGUGAAGCUGCAUAUUUCAAAAUGGAUAAUACAUUGAUUGAUGAAAGAAGAAUCCAUGUUGAUUUUAGUCAAAGUGUUAGUAAAUUAGUGGAAAAUUGGAGACCAAAUAUAAGGAAUAGCUCCAAAAGACAUGGUAAAAGAGAUGAAUCCCCAACAAGAUCAUCAUCCCAUGAACUAGAUGUUAGAGAACGUGAUACGCUUAGAGCAAAAGAUAGUAAUAACUAUGAAUUUGACUUUGAUCUUGCGAGAAAUAGAAGAGAACAUGGCCACAAAUUAGGCUCUGAUUAUCUGAACUCAACAAGACAAUUAGAUCCUCAAAACAGAUAUCCAAAUACUAAUUAA